AUGAAUUCUACUGCUAAUGAUACUAUUAAUGGAAGUGAAUUUAGUACAACUUUAACAUUUACAAUUAGUUUUUCAAUAUUAUUAAUUAUUAUCUUGUUCAUCGGCAUGAUUGGAAAUUUCUUAGUAAUUUAUGUUGUUCUCAAUUAUGGACGAUUAAAAACAGUGACAAACACUUAUCUAUUACAUUUAGCCAUAUCUGAUUUGAUAUUUUUGAGCGGUGUACCAUUUUUAGUUGCCGUAAUGAUAUCCAAAUAUUGGAUAUUUGGCUAUUUUUUAUGUAAAUUAUUUUUUUUGACACAAGGAAUUAAUCAGUAUACGUCGAUAAUGAUAUUGGCAUUAUUAGCGUUUGACAGGUACUUGGCUGUAUGUUAUUCAUCAAAAUCACUUGCUUGGAGAAGUAAAAUAAAUCCAAAUUUUUUAUUACUUUUAACAUGGAUUUUAUCAUUAAUUUUAAUGUUACCCAUUAUUAUUUUUACUCAAUUAGUAGAACAUAGUCAAAAUCAUUAUUCAUGUAAUAUUAUCUUACCAUUUGAGCAAACACGUGUAUUAUAUCUACUCUAUUCAACAUAUACAUCUGCCAUAACUUUUAUAUUUCCAUUAAUUCUAAUGACUUAUUUUUAUAUACAAAUUAUUCGUCGUAUGAAAAAAAAUAUUCCUCAACAUCGACGAUCACGUACAAGUUUACGUACAAGACGUAAAGUGUCGAUACUUGUUUUAGCCGUUAUCGGUGUUCAUGUGUUCUGUUGUUCACCAUAUUGGUGUUUUCAAUAUUUUAUUGGUGUAUUAACAACAUCCGAAGUUUUAGUUAUUAAUCCUCGAUAUAUUAUUCUAAUUUCAACUGUCGCACAAUUUCUACUCUUUGCUAAUAGUACAACAAAUCCUCUAUUAUAUGCAUUUUUAAGUGAAGUAUUCCGUUCAAGUUUUACACGUGUAUUCCAUUGUUGUACAAAGGAUCCCACAUAUCUUGAAGGAACAGUUAAUAAACAAAAUCAAUUAAUGGAAAACUUAAGACAGCGGAAUAAUACAAUUAAGAUAACAUUGACAACUUCAUUAGACGAUAAUAAUAUUGGUCGAAAAGUCAGUAAAAAAGCACAAUUUAAUAGUUUAGAUCCACUCCUUAGACAAGAACCAUUGUCGAGAAAUUCCAGCAUAUUUACAUCGGAAAAAUCGUUUUGCUCAGAGAUGUAA